GAUUACACCCGGUCCGCUGGCUUUUGCGGUAGGAGCUUUGCUUUGUAGCAAGCUACCCAUAAUGCAAUGCUAUGCUAGCUGGUUCUUAGCGGAGUAGCCAGAGAGCAGAAAACAACAACAACAAGGGUGAACGAGGCUCAACAACAGGCUAGCUACUAGCUAGGCCAGCUACAUGGGUAGCGACAAAAGAGYCGAGGAUUUAUCAAACGCGAUGUCCUUAUCAUCUAAACGUAUAUGUGAGUGAUGUAAUUUUAGGUGAGGACGAAUCAUAUUUGCUGUUGCAUAUCGCUUUGCAUUUACAUUAAUCGAACCCKGCUCGAGAGCAAGCUAACUAGCAAUCGACGUCUCUCUAUGCUCGAAUAUUUUCCGGCGGCAGCAGCGGUGCCAUGAACAGUGGACUCCCAGCUUCAGCUGCUCCGCUCGGGGGUGUCGGAAUACCCUGCGUCAAGGUGAAGUUCUGCCGAUACUACGCAAAGGACAAGACUUGCUUUUAUGGGGACGAGUGUCAGUUUUUGCACGAGGAACCGUCCAUGGCAAGCAUGUCUCUUCACGGUGGAGGAAGCCCUGUCCCUUUAUCCAUGUCAGGAGGAGCCGUGACGGCAGCGGGGUAUCCGCUUAGUGCACCCCCGGCCUGCCCGGUAGGGGUGCCGACCGUCACCAAAAAGAGCGACUCUCUGGGGUCUGCAGGCACGGCUCUGGAUGGACAGCUGUUAACCAUCCCUGGUAUGGAGGGUGGGACUGAUGCUAAUCUGACCAACUCCUACUUCAGCAGCAGCUUCAUUGGGGUCAAUGGCUUCGGGAGCCCCGCAGAGUCUAAAUACUCAAUGAUGCAGAGAAUGACCAGCAGCAGCAGCAGUUCURCCAGUCUCCUUGAUGAUGGUGCAAAGAACUUUAGCCACAGCGCUCACGAUCUAUUCCAUGGAACCCUCGCAGUUGGACCAGGUCAGAGUUGUGGGUCGAUGGAAAACUCCCCUUGGACAACACAGUCUUCGUUCCCUCUUCCUCUAUGUCCUCUUCCAGAUCCAGUUAGUUCUCCUAUGUCCUCACUCUUCAGUGACUUUGGUGCUCUGAGCAUAUCACAAAGGAGAAAGGCUCCCAACCCUACAGCCAAUGAGUUCAUCCCUAAGGGGGUUCCCCGCAUGGCCACUAUGGUCCAGUCCAGUGUUCCAGCCUUCCCCUUGCCCCUCUUCCCCCACCCCAGCCUCAGCAGCUCCACCGCCGCUGCCCUAGCACCCGGGAUGUCUCUUUCUGCAGGGUCCUCCCCCCUCCACUCCCCCAAAAUCACCCCCCACACCUCCCCCGCCCCUCGCCGGCGCAGCCACACCCCCAACCCCAACAACCCCAAUCCGGCUAACUACAUGGUACCCACCAGUGUGUCUGACCAGGGGGCCCACAUCAUCCAGAAGGAGACGGUGGGGGGGACCACCUACUUCUACACCGACAAUACCCCCGCUCCCAUGGCCGGGAUGGUGUUUCCUACCUACCACAUCUACCCCCCCACUGCUCCCCACGUGGCCUACAUGCAGCCCAAAGCCAACGCCCCGUCCUUCUUCAUGGCUGAUGAACUCCGACAGGAGCUGAUAAACAGACAUCUAAUCACCAUGGCUCAGAUCGACCAAUCAGAGAACACCGGUGUUCCAUCUGAGGUGGACAGCUACCACAGCCUGUUUCCCCUGGAGCCUGUCCCUCCUCCCAACCGCCUGCAGAAGACCAGCAACUUCAGCUACAUCACUUCCUGCUACAAGGCCGUCAACAGCAAGGACGACCUGCCUUACUGCCUGAGGAGGGUACAUGGUUUCAGGCUGGUGAACACCAAGUGUAUGAUGCUGGUGGACAUGUGGAAGAAGAUCCAGCACUCCAACUCUGUUACCCUGAGGGAGGUCUUCACCACCAAGGCCUUUGGAGACCACUCGUUGGUGUUUUCCUAUGACUUCCAUGCGGGGGCAGAGACCAUGUUUAGCAGGCACUUCAACGACCCCACUGCCGACUCCUACUUCACCAAGAGGAAGUGGGGACAGCACGAGCCUCCACCACCCCGGCAGCACGCUGGUCUGCUUCCUGAGUCUCUGAUCUGGGCCUACAUCGUCCAGCUGAGCUCAGCCCUCAGAACUAUCCACACUGCUGGUCUGGCCUGUAGGGUCAUGGACCCCAGCAAGAUCCUCAUCACCGGCAAGACCAGGUUACGGGUGAACUGUGUAGGGGUGUUUGAUGUCUUAACGUUUGACAACAGUCAGACCAACCAUGUGACCCUCAUGCCACAGUACCAGCAAGCGGACCUGAUAUCCCUGGGCAAGGUGGUGUUGGCCCUGGCCUGUAACUCUCUGGCUGGAAUUCAGAGAGAGAACCUGCAGAAGGCCAUGGAGCUAGUGUCAAUCAACUACUCAUCAGACCUCAAGAACCUCAUCCUGUAUCUGCUGACAGAGCAGUCUAGGCUGCGAAGCGUCAAUGACAUCAUGCCUAUGAUCGGAGCUCGCUUCUACACACAGCUGGACGCAUCACAGAUGAGGAAUGAUGUCAUCGAGGAGGACCUUGCCAAGGAGGUCCAGAAUGGUCGUCUCUUCCGUCUGUUGGCCAAACUGGGCACCAUCAACGAGAGGCCAGAGUUUCAGAAGGACCGUACGUGGUCGGAGACGGGGGACCGGUAUCUGCUGAAACUGUUCAGAGACCACCUGUUCCACCAGGUGACGGAGGCUGGGACCCCCUGGAUAGACCUCAGCCACAUCGUCUCCUGCCUCAACAAACUGGACGCGGGCGUGCCUGAGAAGAUAAACCUGGUGUCUCGUGAUGAGAAGAGUGUUCUGGUGGUGACCUACUCGGACCUGAAGCGCUGCUUCGACAGUACCUUCCAGGAGUUGCAGCAGGCCGCUGCCACUGGCCCCCUGUAGCGCCCUCGCCGCCCCCCACACACAGGCAGCGGGGUGGGACUGUCUGAACCCGGAACCUGAAAGCACAUUAUUGCACUACAUCGGAGGACCAGGUGCAUAGUGAUGACAUCAUCAAAGGGGGCGGGACUUGCUGGAUCAGUCACAUACACUGUCUUAGCAACCAGGAAGGCUUUUCUAAAGCAGAUUUUUUUGGGGACAGAAAUGGAAGCUGACGAUGACAACAAGGAUGAUGAACACUGCAUUAUUAUAUUUUAGAACUGGGGAACAAAACGGAUACUAAAAAAUAAACCAACCACGUGGUAUUGAACUUUUUCCUGCUUUUUUUUCUGUGGAGGAUGCACUAAGAUUUGACUUUUAAUGAAUGUGUGAGUGGCCUACAAGAUGCAUCUACAGACAGAGGUGAAGUCACAGACACACACCGACACAGACUGAGAACUGAAUAUAAAUCAGGCUUUCUACUGCGUGUCUCUGCUGGAGACCACACCCCUUCAUACCAACACAUUGAGACGGGACAGACCACUGGAUGCUUUCUAAGGGGGUGGUCAAAGAACCCAUUCAUGAAAUGGGCCGGUCCAAGUCAGCCUUAGUUGUCGGUUCCCACUCAGAAAGGACAACCCACUGAGUUUUGGAGUAGGGUGCGGGUUGGGAUGGGGACUCUGUUGAAACAGACCAUUGAGGGGUGUGUUGGGUUUUUCUCCCGAUGGCCGUGUUUGUUAGAGCAGAGUCAUGCAGGCCAGGCAGCACCUCCUUUAUUGCUUAAUGAUGGACACUAUUGUGGAAAAUGUUGUGACACAAAUUAUGAACUCGGGGGAUGGAACUGUUUUGUCAGCUCUGGGGUAGAACCCAUGGAUUGGGCAUAACUAGAGAAUGGAGCCAGUUCUGCCUCAAUUAUUUUCUUUGCUGCCUCUCUCCCUCCCCUGAAGGGUCCCUCCCUCUGUCUUUCUCCCUCUCCUGAAGGGUCCCUCCCUCCCUCUUU